AUGGAUAACACACAAUACGCAGACGGAGAUGGCAGUUCCCAGGGAGCCGCCUAUCCCUGGGUUCUGGAGCAUUUGUUGGCAUAUCCAGGCACUUACGAGAUCCCAUUACGGACCAUGUACACACUCAACGCAACAACCCAGAACCAACAACCGUCUCCGAAGUUACCUCCGUCUACUGCUGUCCCCGGCAAUGCAUUUCCUCGAUCAUCCCAAGAAGCUCUUGAUGAGCAGCAAAACAUGAACACAGCCACCGCAGCCGCUCAAUUACGAGCAAAUCUCAUGACCCAUAUCUCCCAACUACCUUCGCAGCCCACCUCUCUGCCUCCGAGUUUCAUCACCAGCUUUGUCCGACGCUGUUUCCCACCGGAGCUCGACCAGGUCGACUUUCCCCAAGCGCUGACCGCCAUGGAUUAUCUUAAGGACCUUGAAGUCAGACGCCGACGCGAGGUGGUCGCAGCCUUCGAGAAAUUGGGUAUAGACAGAGAGGAUAUUGGCUAUCGAGACAAAUUGGCCCGCAAAUACCCCGGUGUGCUGAAGUGGGUGACCGAUAUCGAGGAGCGAGAGCGCAAGGUCCAACAAUUGUACACCCAUGUGUACCUCGGCUUAAGACGAUGGACAAUGACCAAUGAACUUUCCCUGACACCUUUCAACAAGGCGAACUGCAUUGCAAUGCUCAAUACCCUUUAUCCACCGAUCAACAUUCGCUCGAAGCAGCAGUUUGUACCACCUACGGCACAUUUGACUCCGGAGAUUCUGUCCAAACAACGCGAACAGUUCUUCCUCUACCUCAAAGGCGUUGAACGGAAAGGCCCGGAGGCCCUGUCGACUCUAAUGGCUGCCAGCAAGCGAGAAGACGAUCCCACCGGAUGGAAAGGCCUCCGGGAGACGCUGGACAACUAUCUUCGCAUGGCAAACAGUAUUAUUGAGGAAUGUAAUGAAAUCACUGGCCGUGGCCUUUCUCCCACCACCGCAUCUUUCAAUCUCACCGACUCGGAAGAGGAAGGUCGGCGGAAGGUAGAUUCCGCAAUUUCGUUCGGGUCUACAGCUUCGUCCAACCGCAACUCUGGUCAGAGUCACGCCACAAGACCCAGUACCAGCAGCAGCUUCAGCACCGCAAGCCUCAGUUAUAGCCGUCAAGUGUCAAAGGAGAAACAGUUGCCGGAGAAGCCACUUCCCCCGCCCAAGGAUGACGAUGUCACGGUGACGCAAAAGUCGUCCGGGUCGACCCUGGAACGUAUUGCGCGAGAACUUCGAAAAAUGAAGAGCCGCAACAACAUCAAAGACGACCAACGCCCUCGGACAGUCUCAAACCAGUCCGCGGAUUCGUCGGUAAUGGACGGUUCUGGACCACCUCCGCCGGCUCCCGCUAAGGACCGUAGCUUGAAGCUCAAACGCAGUCUUCGGAGGAUGAGAUCGAAUACCAAUCUUUUGGAUGGCAGCGCCUUCCGCCCAUCCAGCCGCGGUAGUGAACCCAAUACCCCAACAUUACCCUCAUUUGACGCAGAGGAGAUGAAACGAAAGAGACAGGAAUGGGAGUCUCAACAGAAGUCGACGGAUUAA